UUCUUUCCUCUCAGUGACAUUCCUCCACGCAAAAACGUCAAAAUUUCACCGAAGAAAAACCUCCGCGCAAGUGGGAGAAAAAGACCCAACACAACACCAUCAGCCAGAAGCAGCCUGAAGCGAGUGGAAAACGAAACAGUGAUAAUAAAAAAAAAGUCCAUAAUUUGAACGCAGUGUUGUCCACCAUAUCGAGGAGAAUCGCCGCCGCGCAGAGUGCAAACAUGGCUGCUUUCGUUCCGUCGUCGUCGUGUCCGCGAGUCCGCGAGUAGUUGUCACCGUCGUCCAUCGUUUUGUUGUGUGUUGAUUGUGCAGCAGAAGCAGCAGCAGCAGUGUCGCCGUCGUCCUCGUCGUCGCCAAAAAAAGUGAACGCGUCCCGAUCGUGACACGCGUGUAGGAAUUUUGACAGCGGGAUUUUGUGCAAAAUCUUCCGUGAACUUAUUGCAUGCGUGAGGGAAAGAGUUGUGUGGGGGCAGAGCAGUAACAGCAGCAUCAGGAAGGAGCAUAGUGCAACAUAAAGUGAAGUGCAUCGAGUUUCGUUUGGAAUUCAGAAGAGUUCGAUCAAUGCUGACAGGAAACAUCGGGAGCUGCUGUUGUUGAGAGUGAAAAAGUGAGUUUCUGGAUGUAUAACAGAAAGUCUGAAUGAUUACGGUGACACGAAAAUCUGCCAGAAUGCAAAAAUUGUCGAAAUAGCAGCGAGGAAAAAUCUGUCCUCGAAAGAAGGAAAAGCAGUGACGAGUGGAAAGAAAAAGGAAAAAAAGUCAGGAAAAUAUCAAAGAUCAGUGCACCACCAUCGUCGAUGACCGACCAGCACCGUCAUCCCAUCCCAUCGCUGUUCCUCGCUCGUGUGUGGAGUGCGGAUUGGCAUUGAGUGAGAAAUAGAGAGUACGAAAGCGCGAGAGAAGGCCAAACAAGUGAGGGUGUGUGAAAAUUUCUGGCUGUGUGAACUGGUGCGUGCGAAGUGAACCGUGCUGGUGGUGUGGAAGAAGCGUGAGAAGAGAAGUGUACACAGGCAGGGGUGAGAGGAGCAGUGGCAACAGCAGGAGAGAAGAGCCAAGGUUGAAAACCAACAGCUGAUUUGUGUGGACGCCCGAUUUCUUCUGGGACGACGAAGGAGAUGACUUCCCGAAGGUGGUUCCACCCGUCGGUGUCCGGUGUCGAGGCGGAAAAGAUGCUCCUGGAGCGGGGAUUCGAUGGCUCCUUCCUGGCGCGGUUAUCCUCUUCAAGUCCGGGCGCCUUCACGUUAUCCGUCCGCCGUGGCAAGGAGGUUACCCACAUCAAGAUCCAGAACAACGGCGACUUCUUCGAUCUGUAUGGAGGUGAAAAAUUUGCCACCCUGUCCGAGUUGGUUCAGUAUUAUAUGGAAAAUGGCAACCAGCUGAAGGAGAAGAACGGACAAAUCAUCGAGCUCAAGCAACCGCUCAUAUGCGCCGAACCAACGACUGAAAGAUGGUUCCAUGGUAACCUGUCCGGCAAGGAAGCGGAACGAUUGAUCCUGGAACGGGGCAAGAAUGGCUCCUUUCUAGUGCGGGAAUCUCAGAGCAAACCGGGCGACUUUGUGCUUUCGGUGCGGACGGACGACAAGGUGACGCACGUCAUGAUUCGGUGGCAUGAAAACAAGUACGACGUCGGCGGUGGCCAGAAGUUCAACACCCUGUGCGACCUGAUCGAGCACUACAAGCGCAACCCGAUGGUGGAAACGUGCGGCACGGUGGUGCACUUGCGGCAACCGUUCAACGCCACCCGAAUUACAGCUGCGGGGAUCGAUGCCCGCGUUGAACAGCUACAGCGGGAAAAUGGGAGCCACUGCUACGGGAAGGGUGGCUUCUGGGAGGAGUUUGAAUCUCUACAGCAGCAGGAGUGCCGGCAUACGUUUUCGCGGCGGGAGGGCCAACGGAACGAGAACCGGGUCAAGAACCGGUACAAGAACAUUUUACCAUUUGACCACACCCGGGUGAAGCUGAAAGACGUGGACAGCACCCAGCUCGGGGCCGAGUACAUCAACGCGAACUACAUCCGGCAGCCGACGGAGUCCGAGCAAAAUGACAUGAACUCGUCGUCGGAGAAUCUGGCCCAGCAGCACAACAACAACUCGACGAACACCCCCGCCAACAACGCAAUUACCUAUGCCAGCAUCAACCAGCAACAGCAGCAGCAGCCGACCAAGAACUGUCAGAGCUGCCAACUGCUGAACAAACCCUGCUCCCAGUGCUCGAUGAAGGCCAACGAGUCCAAACACAAACGGAACGACUCCCUCACAUCGACCCGGUUACAGCUCCAAAGCCAAUCGCAAUCGAAGUCCUCCCUGACCGGUAGCUCCGGUCUGCUGCGGGACGAGAAGGAUCUCUUCAAGACGUACAUCGCGACGCAGGGCUGCCUGGCAAACACGAUACAGGACUUCUGGAACAUGAUCUGGCAGGAGAACACCCGGGUGAUCGUGAUGACUACCAAAGAAAUCGAACGGGGCAAGAAGAAGUGCGAGAAGUACUGGCCCGAUCCGCAACAGGCGAAGGAGUGGGGUUCGGCCAAGGUGACCUGUUUGAGCGAAACCAGCACGGCGGAUUAUACGCUGAGGGAGUUUUUGCUGUCGUGGCGGGGGCAGGACGAACGGAAGAUCUUCCAGUACCACUUCCAGGUGUGGCCGGACCAUGGGGUUCCGUCCGAUCCGGGCUGUGUGCUGAACUUCCUGCAGGAUGUUAAUGCGAGGCAGGAGCAGCUGCAACUGGAAGGGCUGGUGCCGGGUCCAAUUUGUGUCCAUUGUUCGGCGGGAAUCGGACGAACGGGAACGUUCAUUGUGAUCGAUAUGAUUCUGGACCAGAUCGACAGGGAAGGUCUCGACUGCGAAAUCGACAUCCAGCGGACGAUCCAGAUGGUCCGAUCGCAACGGUCCGGCAUGGUCCAAACCGAGGCGCAGUACAAGUUCGUGUACUUUGCCGUGCAGCACUACAUCCAGACGCUGUUCCAGCGCAAACGGGCCGAACAGCAGAGCCUCCAGGUCGGCCGGGAGUACACCAACAUUAAAUAUGCAUGCAUUGAUAAUGGCGAGGUGCAGCGGGCCUGUUCAGCCCUGCCGGUAUCGCUGUCGACACUUAGCCUAAACAUUAGACAAGACUUGCAAAACAAUCGUUCGCAUAAUCACACCACUAGGUCGACAUCGGACUCACAAUUACCACUACCGAGGGUUGUGACUGACCUGAAUAACCCUUCAUCAGUAUAUGAAAACAUUCCCAAAGAAUCACGACCACCACCGACGCCACCCAGGAAAUCAUGACAAAUGGACUUUUAAAUGCUCCCAUGCAGCAGCGCCCAGUACGAUGGCGGCGGUCAAGAAAAAAAUAGAAUAGAAAGAAAUGUCUCACCAAUCGCGAAGGGGGACGGCCAUUCGGUUGGCCGCUCCAAAAUGGCGGAUUGGACAUUGCACCCAUACACACACGCGCGUGCGCAUACAGACAGACACGCAUGCUUAUGAAGCGGCAAAGUUUUAAGAAAGGGACAAGGGAGAGAGUCUAGUGCUGCCGAUGAAAGUUGACAUUGGUAGUGAUGAAUGAUUUUUUGCUUUAAGUGUAUGUUAUAUCUGUAAAAGUUUUGCAUACAUGAAUAUACCUAGGUAUGGAAAAAUACACCUCUCAAUAUAUAAGGUAUAAAGCUUCUGAAGGGAAAAAAGGAAAUACGAGAGUUUGAAAGGUGUUACCUGAACACUCUAAAAAUGCAUAACAUUGUUGAUGAAACAUGAGAGACCAGUUGCGUAAGAAUAAAGAAUGACGACAAGUGAGAGAUUGUUUCGUUAUGUUUAAGUUAUUGAUUGUUUUUCGCAAACUGGAAGUGAGACUGCGAGACUCACUCGCGACGAAGAUACCGCUUCGCUCUUCCGGGAAGGGAAAUUCUCCACCAAUACACAAACCAAGAGGAACAAAAAGUUCGCUCCUCCGCUUGACACUCAUAUUAUCUCUCCCUCUCGGAGAGGGAGAGAAACUCAAUUGUGACACACGUUUGUCCGAAGGGAAACGAUUACGCUACCCACAGUGCGGGAGCGUCGAUAAAGCAGAUUUAUUAUUAGUGUAUCUAGUCUAACAAAUUGAAAUGGGGAAAACCAGCAAACUGAGCUCUCAAACCAGAAGAAAAACAACGUUCAAAAAGAUUAUUACGGAUAAAGAGCGAAUGAAACUCACGUACUAUGUCAGAGAGAGAAAGAGAAAGAGAGAGCGAGUGAAGAAGUGCAAAUGAAAGUGUGAAAUUCGAAAGAGAGAAAGAGGGGGAGCUCAGCAAAAUGAGUUACGGACACACACACUCUAAUUGGAAAAUAGACAAAAACUAUUAAAUACAAGCUACAAUUGUGAUUACUGCAAUGGACAGCACAGUAGGCGUGGUGUUGACUUUUCCUUUCGUAACGGAAGAAAGCCAAACGCACGCCUA